CCUGCUGCACGCAGAGCUCCCCGCCGGGCGCGCGAACCUGGCCAUUCACCCUCCGGCAGCCCUGCAGCGUGCCCUUGCGCCUCUGCUGGAAGAGCCCGGCGCCGUGUCUCCUCCGCAGAAUAAGAUGGCAAAGGUGGCGAAGGACCUCAACCCACGAGUGCAAAAGAUGUCCCUGGGCCAGCAGCAGUCCGCCAGAGCUGUGGCUUGCUUGAGGUGCAAGGGGAUGUGUUCAGGUUUCGAGCCACAUUCGUGGAGGAAAAUAUGCAAGUCGUGCAAGUGCAGCCAGGAAGACCACUGCCUGACUUCUGACCUUGAAGACGAUCGGAAAAUUGGCCGCCUGCUGAUGGACUCCAAGUACUCUACCCUCACUGCCCGAGUGAAAGGCGGGGAUGGCAUCCGCAUUUACAAGAGGAACCGGAUGAUCAUGACCAACCCCAUUGCCACUGGGAAAGACCCCACCUUUGACACCAUCACCUACGAGUGGGCUCCCCCUGGAGUCACCCAGAAACUGGGCCUGCAGUACAUGGAGCUCAUCCCCAAGGAGCGGCAGCCAGUGACGGGCACUGAGGGGGCCUAUUACCGCCGCCGCCAGCUCAUGCACCAGCUCCCCAUCUACGACCAGGACCCCUCGCGCUGUCGUGGACUUUCGGAGAAUGAGCUGAAAGUGAUGGAAGAGUUCGUCAAGCAAUAUAAGAGCGAGGCCCUUGGAGUAGGCGAAGUGGCCCUGCCAGGCCAAGGAGGGUUGCCCAAGGAGGAGGGGAAGAACCAGGAGAAGCCAGAGGGUGCAGAGACCGCUGCGCCCACCACCAAUGGCAGCCUUGGUGACCUGGCCAAGGAUGUGGAAUAUGUCUGCGAGCUCUGCAAGGGCGCGACUCCCAGUGACAGCCCCGUGGUCUACGCGGACAGGGCUGGCUACAGCAAGCAGUGGCACCCAGCCUGCUUCGUGUGUGUGCGCUGCUCCGAGCCGCUGGUGGACCUCAUCUACUUCUGGAAGGACGGUGCGCCCUGGUGUGGCCGCCACUACUGCGAGAGCCUGCGGCCCCGAUGCUCCGGCUGCGAUGAGAUCAUAUUCUCAGAGGACUACCAGCGUGUGGAAGACCUGGCCUGGCACCGGAAGCACUUUGUCUGCGAGGGCUGUGAGCAGCUGCUGAGCGGCCGGGCAUAUAUUGUCACCAAGGGUCAGCUCCUGUGCCCGACUUGCAGCAAGUCCAAGCGCUCCUGAACGACUUCCCACCUGCACAGUCAUCAGAUGCCACCAAGAAGUUGCGGCCAUGCCGAGAGGCUAAUGCCACCACGGCAAGCAGCAUCGCCAGUGUUUUUUCCCAGCAGGCGCUUAUGUAUUCUAGGUCGAGUGAUGGUAGAUCUUCGAGGGUCAGUAGUUGUAAAACCAGAAAUAUUUUAAGAAGUCUUAGAAUGGAUUUCCUUUUCCUGUUGUUUUUUUCCCCAACUACAACCAACUAAAGACACAAGCAGCAUCCUGCAAGGGAGCACUGGAGAACGCCGCAGAAGGCCGUGCGCCCCGAGUCACCAGCCUCCUGGGCGGCCUGAGCGCUGUCAGACACGGAGCCUUUCUGGGGACAGGCUCAGACCCCAACUGCCAUUUGUUGCCUUUUUCUCAAGUGGAAAUUGAUUUUAAAUAAACAACAUUUUGGCAUGAUGAAAUAAUAAAAUUUUUCUGAGUUCCA